CAAGCGGUCUAAUAAUUCUGACUUCAACUGUGUAUAUAAAUAAAACUUACUUAAAUACAAAAUGUGUAAAAUGUCCACAAACCCAGAAAAAAUUAAGCUGUAAAAAUGGCCUUAAACUGGUGUAUUUGAAGCAUACUACAGUGAAGAGCUCGCAUUUCUCAGUCAUCAGUCUAUAAAAACACAACUAUGAUCACAUGAACAAAUGACCCAAUACUGUAGUUAUCAGCAACUAUAAUAAACACCACAGGUUACUAGUCAAUACUACAGUAUGCUGGAGCAUUCAAUAGCAAAGUUGUAAAUAAUAUAAUAUACACACUUUACUACAGUAUGGUUCAUAAACAUCAGCGUUUACUAUAACGUACUAUAGUAUUGUAUUGACGUAUACCUAUAGUGUGCUAAAUGUUGAAAGUUUACAAACCCAGGAAAACAUAUUAAUCUGUAAAAGCAGAAGUCUAAAACAUCCCAAAUAUCAAAAAUAGCACACUACAGUAAAGCACUUGAGUUGAUCUGCUGUAGUGGUUAACACAACUAUAGUAAACACUGUAGUUUACUACAACUAUAGGGUGGAGAAUAGAAGGGAUACAGCUGCAGAUACACACAUCAAUAUAGAAUCUUCUCUGUGACACUGUACAAUAUUUCAUAAUUUUACAUGACUGUGAGGAUUGGGGUAGACUUUAAAAGUUACAUUAACUGGGCAGUUUAAUAAUUUAAUUCUCCUGAUCUUUCAGCGAUAUCUGAAUCUCAUCUAGCAACAACCCAACUAUAAACUACAAUACACCAGUUUACUGCAGUAAUCAGGUAACUAAUACAGUAUGCUGGAACAUUCAUUUAACAAAGGGUUGUAAAUAAUAUUUAAACCAUCCCUAAUGUAAAAAUAGACCAGUGUUUCAUAGUUUAAAAACUAUAUUUUUGAACAGCUAAAGUGUUUGAACUAAACACUGUGAUGAUUCCUAUCUAGUUGCUAUGAUAACUAUAGUAUUAUAAACAAAUGACCUAAUACAGUAGUUUUCUCAGCAGCUGUAGUGUGGGUAAGGUGUAGUAAAACUAUACAGUAUACAGUAGUCUAUCAGUUCACUAUGCUACAGUAUGCAGGAGCGUUCAUUAACAGAGCUGUAAUACUAUAAUAUACACACUUUACUACAGUAUGGUUCUAAAACACUGUAGAUGGCCAUAUCUGGAGACGCUGAUGGUGUGUGUGUGUGUGUGUGUGUGAGAGAUCCGGAACAGCGCUGACAGUGAGGAUGUUUGUUGUGUUUCCUCCUCUCGGCUGUUUGUUCAUGGCUCCCCCCAUCGGAUUCACAGUAAAAUGGUCGAUUAUUUUCGCGAACCGCCCCGCGCGCUCGCUUGAGGAGACUUUCUUCUUCACGCUCGCGUCUUGAUGGACAUUUUCAAACUUGACAGGUAAACGCAACGCGCUUUUUCGCCCGUUUCCCCCCGCUCGCCGUGCGUGACGCUCGCUCGCAACGCUCGGCUCCUGCGCCCGCUGCUAACGGAAAUUUUUUGGUACGUCAUUAAUAUGGCGCCAAAAGAGUUGUAAGUGUGAGCUGGUGUUUCGCGCAGGAAUACACGCAGAAUGUGAAGAGGAGCGCGCUUGUGUGUCGACAGCUUCACUUCGCAGGAUGUGAGGACACCAGAAACAGUUUUGCGGAUGACGAAGCGUGCUGUGCUGUUUUCUGAAGCGGCAGUUUUAGGACGGCUGUAAUAUGCCGUCGGCUCGGGCAUCUCAGCCGCACACAGUAACUUUUAUCGGGGCCGAGGAGGGUGCGUGGCCUCGGAUGAUCCUCUGAUCUCUGCGAGGACACCAUCAUCAUCUUCAUCAUCACCAUCACACCCUCUCUCCGCAGAAGAGAUGGAGAGUGAGAUGAAGAGGAGGAAAUACUCCACCAGCAGCAACGACUCUGACACCACUGACAGUCAGGUGACCACCUGGUCCCGCUCCUCUAAGAACACUGGCACCAGCAGCACGUGGGUCCGUCAUGAGCAGAAGAGGCCGUCUGAGGUGUUUCGGACAGACUUUAUCACAGCCAUGAAGUUGCCGGAUUCAGCACAGCUGAGCGCAGACGAGUUCUACAUUCUGUGCGACCCCUGGAGGCAGGAGUGGGAGAAGGGCGUUCAGGUGCCAGCCAACGUGGAGACCAUUCCUGAGCCUGUGGUCCGAAUGCUCCCGGAGGUCAGCCGAAUCCCGUUCUUCUCUGCGGUGCAAACGCGGAGCCAGUCGGAGAUCUCUGAGCCUCUGAGCCGAUACGAUCUGGAUGAUCUGGAUGUGGCCUGGCUGGAGCUGGUCAAUGCAGAAUUCAGACAACUAGCUCUGCCGGAGCUGGACGAGCUGACCAUGGAGCAGCUGCUGGUGGAGCUGGAGCGCCGCUGUCAGCAGAACAUGCAGCAGCAGAUCGAGAACCAGGAGGGUUUGGGCAUCGAGUACGACGAGGACGUGGUGUGUGAUGUGUGCCGAUCGCCUGAAGGAGAGGACGGCAACGAGAUGGUGUUCUGCGACAACUGCAACGUCUGCGUGCACCAGGCGUGUUACGGGAUCCUGAAGGUGCCGCAGGGGAACUGGCUGUGCCGGACGUGUGCGCUCGGAGUUCAGUCCAAAUGUCUGCUGUGUCCCCGCAGAGGAGGAGCUCUGAAACCCACACGCAGCGGGACCAAGUGGGUUCACGUCAGCUGUGCCUUAUGGAUCCCUGAGGUGAGCAUCGGCUGCCCAGAGAAGAUGGAGCCGAUCACCAAAGUCUCCCACAUCCCCGCCAGCCGAUGGGCCCUGUCCUGCAGCCUGUGCUGUGAACACUCCGGCACCUGCAUACAGUGCUCCAUGCCGUCCUGCACCGUGGCCUUCCACGUGACCUGUGCGUUUGACCACGGUCUGGAGAUGCGCACCACACUGGCGGACAAUGAUGAAGUCCGCUUUAAAUCCUACUGUCUGGAGCACAGCAGCGUCUGGCGCUCAAACAGCAGCGGCGGCGUACAGUCAGACAGACCUGACCCGCGGCACGCCGUCCCGGAUCCGGCAGCGGCGCAGAAGCAGGAGCAGGCGGAGCGGGAGAAAGCCAGCCAGCGCAAGCAGAAGCUGCAGGAGCUGGAGGAUGAGUUCUACACACUGGUGGAUCCCAAAGACAUCGCAGAGAGCCUGUCCCUGCCCGACGCUCACGUGGACUUCCUCUUCCAGUACUGGAAACUGAGGCGGAAAACCAACGGCAACAAGCCGCUGGUGUCCAUGAAGAGGGACGAGGUGGACAAUCUGGCGCAGCAGGAGCAGGACGUGCUGUACCGCCGACUGAAGCUCUUCACUCAUCUGCGCCAGGACCUGGAGAGGGUCAGAAAUCUGUGCUGCAUGAUCACACGCAGAGAGAAGAUCAAGCACUCUUUAUGUAACCUGCAGGAGAAGAUCUUUUCAUUGCAGAUUCAGCUCAUGGAGCAGAACCUGGUCGGAGAAAAAUCUCAGAGAGGCGAAAGGAAGCAUCGCAAUAGAGUCCAGGAACGAGUAAAGGAAAGGAGGAAGAAUAGUCCAGAAAAGAAAGACAAGUGGAGAUCAGAUGACAACUCUCUUUUCUCACAGCUGGGUUUCUCCAGAUCGUUCCCCAUAGACGGCUCGCUGUUCGACAGCUGGCAGGCUCAGUCCAUCCACAUCUCAGCGGAGAGCAUGCUGAGCCGCUGGUCUCUGUCUGCCGGGACGCCCGAAACCUCGGCCAGCCUGCUGUCAGACCAGCUGCUCCGAGGCGAGGAGAGCCUGCUUAGCCUCAUGAUGGACUCCUCCAUGCAGAACACCUGGAAGACACCCCGACUAGGACGUAAACACCCCAAAAGUGCACCCCGCAGCCGCCGGAAGACCCUCUGCUCUCCACCUGCUAAAGGUAAAGUGUGUGUGACAGAGCGGCGGUGUAGACGCGGAGAAAAAACGGAGGAUUUCCAGCGCAGCAGCGACGGCAGGUCAGACCCUUUACAGCCCGCCAUCGCCAAAAUGGACUCGUGCCACAUUUCAGAAGAGCGAGAUUCAGUGCUGGAGAAACGCUCGCAGAAGAGCGUACGCAUGCAUCUGCCCAGACAGAGCAAGACCCGCUGUAAAAGCCAGACUGUGGAGUCGUCUGUGCAGAGCAACACACCCGACACUGAAACAGACGGCUAUUUCUCUGAUGAAGAGCAGAGCGACGGCGAAUUGCGAUUGUUUAGCCGGAAGUCGCGAAUGCCUCAAAUGCAUGCUGGGAAGGAGGAGGUGGUGCGGCGAAGUUUGCUCGCCUCCUAGAUGUGUUCCUGUGCCGUGAGCACGCUGCAAAACAUGCGGUCUGGAUUCUAGUCCAAAUAUGGUAAAUUCCUAAAUCAAGAAGCGUUUUCUAGACUAGCGGAUAAUAUAGUCUUGUUUUCAGAAAUAACGAGGCAAAUUUAGCUGAGUUUCUCUUAAAACAAGCUAAAUAAUCUGCUGAUGGGGUAAGGGAAAUAAGCUUAUGUCAAAGAGGAAAACAAGAUUAUUUAGCUUGUUUUCAGGAGAAACUCUCUUCAUUUUGACUCAUUAUUUCUGAAAACAAGACAGUAUUUAGUGCUUGUCUAGAAAAUGCGGUAACACUUUAGA